ACCCCGCCAUCCACCCCUUGCGCCAACGACUUUUGAUAAGCAUCCCACUCUUCAACCCCGCAACAAUUUGCGCUCUACCCAGACAAUUUAGCCAAAGGAAACAAUUCAAAUCACAGUCAAGAUGGCAGGCGGACAACCAGGAUCCAACUCUCGCGGCCGCGGUGGCAAAUUCAGGAAGUUUACCCGUGGAGGUGGCAAGCAUUUCUCCCGUGACCUUAGACCCCUUGACGCCGAUGGCAACGAAGUCAACAUGUGGUCUGCCGAUUCGAAGAAGCAAGGUGACGACGAGAGCUCCGAAGAAGACUCUGAGGAGGACUCUGAGGAGGAGUCCGACUCCGAGGGUGACGGCAAGCCCCAGGCCGAGAUGACCCGUGCCGAGCGAAAGGCCGCCGCCAAGGCCCGCAAGGACGCCGCCGUAGCCAAGAAGAGAGCCCAGGCCGUCGAGGUCGGCGACCUGCCCCCCUCCGACUCGGAGGAGAGCAGUGAGGACGAUGCCGACAUGCCCGCCAACCCCAACCACUCCAAGGCUGCCCGCAACCAGACCAAGGCUCCAGUCGCCGCCCCCGAGGUCGACGAAGCUGCUGAGGGCGUCAAGAAGCUGACGGUUGCCAGCAACCGCAAGGAGCGCGAGAGCAUGGAGGCUGCGCAGGCCAAGGAGAGAUAUCGCAAGCUGCACGAGGCCGGCAAGACGGACGAGGCCAAGGCUGACCUCGCGCGCUUAAGACUUAUCCGUGAGCAGAGAGCUGCCGACGCUGCUCGCCGAGAGGCCGAGAGAGAGGAGCGCGAGGCCCAGGAGGCCGCCAAGAGACAGGAGAUCGAGGCAAAGGAGGCCAAGAAGAGAGAGGCCGCCCUUGGUCCUGUUAAGAAGGGCAAGAAGUCGAGCAAAUAAGGCGACCCUCAACAUAUCGGACUCUCGAUGCUCUUUGGUAAUCCGGUUGCAACUUCCCAUCAUAUACCAUCGUUUUCCCUGGUCCAUAUUCGUUCGCAGCAUAGCGUGCGUUGGAUACUCACGUCUGAACCACAAUGUG